AUUGGAGUGCGAACAUACCCACAAACCCAUAUUUGCUGUCGUUGAGGAGAGUCCACCACACGCUCACUAGCUCUCAGCUCCGCAGGGUUUCUGCAAAAAUCUUCUCAAAUUGAAAGGAAUAAUUUCUUCUUCGCCUUCUCUCCUUAAGAGUAUGUGAGUGAUCAAAUUCCGUUUCUGUUUACUUUUCUCCAAUCUAGUGAAGAAAUCUUGAGGUUCUAUCACAAAAUGAACCGGUUCUUGACCGUGUUCUGAGUUCAUGCUUCGUUUGUUGCUGCCAAUUCAACAUUCUGAUUUGAGAAUUAAGAAAUCUUGAAACCCAUUUUUGUGUUUUCCCAAGGACUGUAAAAUCUUAUCUUGUCUGAAAUUAUGGAUACUCUACUCAAGAUUCACAAUAAGCUUGAAUUUCUGCACCCCGUUCAUGGGUUUGCUGAUAAAGUUGGUGCCUUUGGCUCUUUGAAGACUCAGAACCUUGAGCCCAAGUUUCAUUACAAGAAAUCCCAUAUUAAGUUGAGCAAAGGUUUCUGUGUGAAGGCCAGUUCUAGUACCCUUUUGGAGCUUGUGCCUGAAACCAAGAAGGAAAAUCUUGAAUUUGAUCUUCCCAUGUAUGACCCUUCCAAGAAUCGUGUUGUGGAUUUAGCUGUUGUAGGUGGGGGGCCUGCAGGACUUGCGGUGGCGCAGCAAGUGUCUGAGGCAGGGCUUUCUGUUUGCUCGAUUGAUCCUUCUCCCAAGUUGAUUUGGCCUAAUAACUAUGGUGUGUGGGUGGAUGAAUUUGAGGCCAUGGAUUUGUUGGAUUGUCUGGACACAACCUGGUCCGGUGCUGUGGUUUAUAUCGACGAUAAGACGACUAAAGAUCUUGAUAGACCUUAUGGACGGGUUAACAGAAAGCAGCUGAAAUCGAAAAUGAUGCAGAAAUGCAUUUCGAAUGGUGUUAAAUUUCAUCAGGCCAAGGUUGUGAAAGUAAUUCAUGAGGAAUUGAAAUCAUUGUUGAUAUGCAAUGAUGGGGUCACCAUUCAGGCUGCGGUGGUUCUUGAUGCAACCGGCUUCUCCAGAUGUCUCGUACAGUAUGAUAAGCCAUAUAACCCUGGGUAUCAAGUUGCUUACGGGAUUUUAGCAGAAGUUGAAGAACAUCCAUUCGACACGAAUAAGAUGGUUUUCAUGGAUUGGCGAGACUCACAUCUUAACAAUAACAAAGAGCUGAAAGAGAGGAACAGAAAGAUUCCAACUUUUCUUUAUGCAAUGCCCUUUUCUUCACAAAGGAUUUUCCUAGAAGAGACUUCCCUGGUCGCUCGUCCUGGAGUACCUAUGAAGGAUAUUCAAGAACGCAUGGUUGCUCGACUGAGUCACCUAGGUAUAAAAGUAAAGAGCAUCGAAGAGGACGAGCAUUGUGUGAUUCCAAUGGGGGGGCCUCUGCCGGUUUUACCUCAGAGAGUUGUUGGAAUUGGUGGUACAGCAGGGAUGGUGCACCCUUCAACUGGCUAUAUGGUUGCAAGGACUUUGGCUGCCGCCCCAAUCGUCGCCAAUGCUAUUGUUCAGUACUUGGGUUCCAACAGAGGCAUUCUGGGUGACGACUUAUCUGCAGAAGUUUGGAAAGACUUGUGGCCCAUAGAAAGGAGACGACAACGGGAAUUCUUCUGUUUUGGGAUGGAUGUUCUCCUCAAGCUUGACUUGCAUUCCACGAGAAGGUUCUUCAAUGCUUUUUUUGACUUAGAACCUCGUUACUGGCACGGGUUCUUGUCAUCUCGGCUGUUUCUCCCCGACCUCCUACUUUUCGGGCUCUCCCUCUUUUCUCAUGCCUCUAAUACUUCGAGGUUAGAGAUCAUGGCGAAGGGCACAGUUCCUCUGGUAAAUAUGAUCAACAACUUAAUACAGGAUAGAGAAUGACUAUGUUGUUCUUAUUUUUCACGUGUUACCCCAGUUGACAUAUAUAUUUACAAUUGAUAUUGGAGCAAAUGCAAUAUAAAUUAGCUGUUUUUCACCA